GUCCUCACAUCUUAUCAUCUUGUGGACUCACGUUGGGCAAAUAUAUAUCUGCAUAGAUAUUGCUCAUUUUAGCUGCCAACUCAACUAUACAUAAGCAAGUGGGAAACACUACUCUGGUCUGGUCACGGUCCUCCGUUGGGUUCAAUUGGAUAACGCUGCGGGCGACUCUUUUCGGGGAGCCUCUUAUCUGCUUCCACGUGUGUAGCUUCAGUGCAGCGCGUUGCAGGAAUAUUUAGUGCGGAAAAAUCAACUCUGAUCGGAACAGGAGCAACAUCAUGUGCCUACCCACGAAAGUCAGUGGCCGGGCCAUUCAGAGCGUUGCCACAGCCAUUGGCAACCUGCUCUGCUUUAACUUUGGGAUUAUGUUUGGCAUAACACCGGCCCACAUGGCCCUCUACGAGUCGGAGACUCGAACGCCGCUGAACAAGGUGACGGAUCCAGCAGGCACCGCCUGGCUGACAGGAUACCUCUUCCUCAGCGCUGCUAUCGGAGCUCUGGUUUCAGGAGUGUUGGCCCUGCGCAUCGGACCCAAGUCGGUGCUACUCUGGUCGGGCCUGCUGCAAAUUUUCGGAUGGUUUUGCAUUCACUUUGGCUUCGACAUUGUGCACAUUUACGCAUCGCGGAUGUUCACGGGUGUUGCCGCUGGAGCCGCCUUCGUCGUCCUGCCCAUAUUCAUUAACGAGAUAUCCGAGACGCGCGAGAAGGCGGCACGACUCACCUUCACCAUCGAACUGUGGCGCACCAUGGGCAUCCUGCUGGGCUUUGUCCUGAGCUACUACGUGCCCUACGACCUGGUCAACAUAGUCGGCUGUGCUGUGUCCUUUGUGUUCACCAUGAGCUUCCCGUUUGUGCAGGAGAGCCCGCACUUCUAUAUGCGUAACGAGAACGUGGCCUGCCUGGAGAAGUCGCUCCGCUGGUACCGCGGCAUCCGCGACAUCGACGACCGGGAGAAGCCCGAAUACCUCAGCGAACUGGCUGAGUUCAAGGCCGAGAUGAAGAGCCUGGGCAAGAACAUUGGCUCAACGCCCAUGCCCCAGAGCUACAUUGUUCGUCUGAUCUUUGUCAGCCUGCUGCUUACCGUCUGCGCCAAGCUCAGCGGCGUCUUUGUGGAGCUCAACUAUGCCGCCGACUUCCUGGGACGCACUGGCUACUCCACGGAGACGAACUACGUUAUCCUGGCCUCAGCCCAGUGCGUGGGCGCACUCCUGGCCCGUCUCGUCGGCCCUCGUCUGCCGCGCAAGCUUCUGCUUUGCCUCUCCUCGCUAAUGUCUGCUGCCGCGGUCAUUGCGCUGGCCCUGUUCAAGCAGUUUGGUAAAGACUGGAUGUUGGGUGCGUGUUGUGAGCGUUACCUGCCCAUUUUCCUGUUGGCCAUCCAGCUAUUGUUUGUCAGCUUCGGCCUGUACCCACUGGCGGCGGUUGUCAGCAGUGAAGUGUUGCCCACAAAGCUUCAUGAUGUGCUCUACUCGCUGGCCUCUGCGUUCUCCUGGCUGCUGCUUUUCGGCAUGAUUGAGGCAUUCAAUGCGGUCAAGACCUCGAUUGCUCCUGGCCUGGUCCUGUACCUGUGGGUCUUUGCCGGUGCCUCCAUAUUUGUGGGCUUAAUAUCGUUGCCCCUGCUGCCGGAAACACGCAACCGACGGGCAUCCGCCGUGCAACGUGAGCUCGGCUAUGUGGACGAUGGGGGAGUGGCCAAGGGCUCGGCUAUAACCAAUGGACACAUUGCCACACACAUUUGAGGCAUGCACCUGCUAGCUCGCAUACCAACGAUAGUAUUAAUAUAAUAAAUGUAGAUUAGUUUCGAUUUAACGAAGGACAGUAA